CAAUCCGUAUGCAACAUCCCCCAUAGAAAGUGGGGGCUGAGUUCACGUCAAAUACUAUAUAGGAAGGCGUCGCGACGCUCCCGUUGUCAUUCUCGCGCAGACUUCAAACGCACGCGACACUUUACUUCGGCAACAGGCAUUUUUAUCAACUUUCGAAGAAUCGGAAUAAUAUAUAGUGGAAUAAUGAAGAUGACAGUAUUUAUUUUCUCUGUACUGAGCACUUUGAGUAUCUUUUGUUCGGCACUGGAAGCAAGUACAUAUACUGACAGGGAUAAUAAUGCCAAUUUAGAUUAUGCUGCUAAUAGUCGUUCUUCACAAUAUUUACCCAUGAAGAGAUAUACAUACGUUUCCGAAUAUAAGAGACUACCUCUUUACAAUUUUGGUAUUGGAAAGAGAUCACGUCCAUAUGAAUUUGGCGUGGGUAGACGAAGCAAAACCUAUGGAUUUGGCGUUGGUAAAAGAUUUAAUUACGACGAUCAAUCAAUGGACUACUUGUCUGAUGCAUCCUACGACCCGAGUCUCAACGAUUUUGAAGAUGGCCAACCACAAUACAAACGCAGUCCUCAACGAUUUUCAUUUGGAGUUGGAAAAAGAUCAAGUGAAUCAUCAUAUCCUGAAUCAUUGGUCAACAAUAUUAAAAAAGAAAAGAAUAACACACACGAUCUUAAUUUAUACGAAGUUUACGAUUUAAUGAGAAGACUUAAUAAGGGUGAUGCUAUUUCGCAAAAUCCUUAAAUCACCAAAAAAAAAAAUCAUCUUAAACUCAAUUUUUCUUUAAUUCUCCAAAAUCAUUUGUAACAAAACAGUAUUAUGACAAUUGUUUCGAAAUUUUGUAAAUUCCUUUAUGUAAAUUAGUUGUCUGUUAUAAAAAGGGAUUUUCUUGAUUCGAAACAUGAUUUAAAAGUUUAUUAUUGAUCAUACCGUAAAUACAUGAUUUGGAAUUAUUAUUUCGUUUAGGAAAAUGUUUCAAAUCCUUAUUUAAAUAUUGUGUAGAUAUUGGACAUAUUUGGCAAGAGUAAAAUUGAAUUUCUCACAAAUGCCAUCUGAAUUAAAUAAAUAAAUUAUUAUGCCAUAUAAUUAUUAUAAAUUAGAUUAUUCAUAUUUGAUAAAUUUGAUGUCUCCUUUUUUACUUUUAGACAUAAUACAAUACACAUUAUUCUCAUAUCAAUGUCAUAAGAAUAAAAACAAAAAUAAUAAAUUAAAACUUACGUCUGUGAAACGCUUCAAAUUAUUACAGAAAAUUCUAUAAUAAUUAUACAUACAUUGUAAUUAAGAUUUUUUUUUUUUUUUUUUUUUUUUGACGAAAUCGUUGAGUACUGAUGGAUAAGAAAAAACCCUUCGCAUAAUCCACUCUAAAAAUUAUUUCCUUAUAAUACAUUCUCCAUAUAGUUUUGGAAAAAUAUUAUAGUCGAUUGUAAAUUGGAAAAAAAUUUUCUGUUUUAAGAUUCAAUAAAAUUUGUGUGCCCCUUGCUUUUUGCAACAAAUUAAUGUAUAAUAUGAUUUUUUGUAAAAUGAAAAUUUCUCUGUAAAAUAGGAAAAUUUUGAAAAAAAAAAUUUGCAAAAAAAUGGAUAAAUUUUAAAUCACAGAAUUUAAUUAUAAUUCGCAUUAAAUAGGAAUAAUUACAACUCGCAUUAAACAAAAGUAAUUAAUAUAUACGCUAAUUUUCCAUAAACACUACAGAGUACGUAUAAUAAAGUAAACUGAAGUUAAUUUCGAAUCAUGAAAAUUUUAAUUGUAUAUGAAAACAUGUUACUUCUUGUUUUAAAAAUAAUAGCAUUUAUAAGGCAAUGGUAAUUAGAAGAAAAAAAUUUUUUCUUUAAUUAUACAAUAUUGUUGAAUAAAUAUGGAAAAUUAUACUGAUUCGUACAUUUUUUGUGCAAAUUGCCAGACAUAGUCGAAACAAAAGUUAGUCUAUGAAAGAAAAUUUUGUAUUUUUUUAUUCAAAAAAAAUUUAUGAUUUACAGAGGAUUAACCGCUCCUUAUGAAUUUUAUCAUAGGUUUUCAAAAAUUCAAAAUGGCGGAUCCAAUAUGGCGGAGGUAAAAAUUAAAAAUUGUUCGGAUUUUCUUAAAAUUUGUUAAUCGAGGUUUUUUGGGGUUAUUAAAUAAGAAUUUAAUGUU